AUGUCUUCUAUUCAAAAGUUGAGGACAUUUUGCAAGAGCUCAGGAUCAUGGCGAAUGAAGGAGCCAUUUGCGAGCCACCGAAACAUCGUCCGCCUUUUAGACUUGGCGUGGGACUCAAUAGACGACACUCUGUUUGCUCCCGUAAUGAUCGUCGAGCUCGCUAGUUUAGAAACACCUACAAUUCAACAUUAUUUCCAAGGAAAAGAUAAAAGGCAGUCCUUUUGUCUUUCAACCGUCCGCUCCUUCAUCGCCGAUGUUGCCGAUGGAUUAACCGCUUUACAUUUCUCCAACGUGCUACAUUCCGAUCUCAAGCCGUCAAACAUACUGUUGUUUCAUGAUCACUCGUCAGAGUCUCUGGUUGCUAAAAUCAGCGAUUUUGGAUACGCAGAUUCCGAUCGGAUGAUAAGAAAAGAGGACAGUGAAGUAAGAGGAGGGACCAGGGAAUGGGCUGCACCUGAACUGCUAUCCGGGUGCCCCAAGUCCGUCCGGACGCUAGCAAGAGCCGCUCCUACAGUCAGCGAUGUUUUCUCAUUUGGGCUUCUAGCCUUCUAUAUGGGGACAGGAGGCAUGAGCCCAGCAAACAUUGGAGGCUGGACAAUGGAUGAACUUGACAAGAUCAAGUUUCACGGGGAGACAUUCGAGGAGCUCCAAAAGUAUUCAUCUGGAUACACUCACCGUCUAGACAGUUCCCUGUUCGAUGAAGGGCCAUUUUUAUCUGCAGUACGAGAUAGUCUAAGGCUGGAACCGACACAGAGACUGGCAACUCUUGGAGGGAUGAGAUCUGUGUUGUUCGGAAGUGAUCAGUAUAGAAAACAGAAGAUGGAGCAUAAAUUCCGAGCGCGUCCGUUUGUUAGUUUCGUAUCUCGCUCGCUGCCUCUCAGCAGUAUCGUCCAUCCGAAUCUCACUCUCAAUAAAAUUGCGUUGGAUAGCCUGCCUAAAAAGCUCCGGAUCCAAGCCGAAAAGUUAAUCGGCAACAAAACAGGGCUCUUCGAGCCAAUGGCCCACAGCCUCCGCAGAGGCCAAUUCUUCCCCAAGACCUAUAAGACCGAGGAAGAGAUGACACAGCCAGAAAGGGUUGGGCGUCUCUCAAUCGACCAGAUCCAGUAUUUUCCCUCGCUCAUUGGCGAAAUCUUCGCCAUUGGGAAGGUAGCAUUAAGCCAAACCUUCACAGCUGAAUCAGCAGUCGCCGACCUACUGCAAACAGAAUGUACAGAAAGGCCAAGAAUAUUCACUUUGAUCGAUGGCAAUGAUAUCAAUGCUGUCAAGCGAGAGCUUCUUCUCGACUCGUCCCAAGCCGUGAUACCACUACCGAUAGAGGCCGGAGGUUGGUAUCCUCUUCAUCUGGCAGCAGAACUGGGCAGGGUUGAGAUCGUGAAACUCUUGCUGAAUACGGAUGGAGUUGACUGUGACGUCCGUUCUGGGCAAUGCCAACUAACUCCACUGCACCAAGCAGUCAAUUCCGAAGAGCCAGCAGUUGUUCAGCUUCUUUUAGAUUCUGGCGCUCAGAUUGAUGCCAGAUAUUACAUUCCGAAUUCAGGGUACGUAAGAGACAUGACACCCCUAGACCUGGCUGUCGAAGCCUAUGAUGAAUCAAGAGGUGGUAUAAAGCAGCGCAUGAAAAUCAUUAGACUCCUUCUACAUCGCGGGGCCGACUACUUGCACAACAAUGCAGGCAGAGGUUUCUCGGUUGUAUUCAGAGCAGCUCUGAAAAGCCUGGACUUGCUCAAAGUCUUUUUCGAUUCCAUACCCCCAGAGGAAUCGAGGCUGUUAGUGACAAUUAUUGAUGAUCUAGGGAGUACACUUUUGUCUUCUGCUGCCAGUGCGAGGCAGGUAGAGACUUUCAAAUACCUCCUAUCUAAAGGGGCCGAUCCAGGUGCCCGUGAUCGUCUUGGGAGGACCAUCUUUGUCCGGCUCGAGGGAGAUCGUGUUUUCAAGGGCUCAGCCCUUGGACUUGUAGAUCACGCAAUGCCUUACCUUAGUGGGAAAACUCCCCGCCAGUGGGACAAAGAGACAGACGAGAUUAUUGGGCUUAUAAAGGCAUCGGGGAACUUGGAGGCUACAGCUUACGACGAUUUCUGCUUUUCGUCGACAGAGAUACAUGAAAUGUUUGAGCGAGCCCGCCUUCGAUCUUCCAAAUCCUUCGCAUCCAAGCUGCUGGAUGCUCUCAAAUCACCAUCAUUCGGUCGAAGGCUUCACCACUCGAUGAUUAUCUUUAACGAGAUAUCCUCGCAGGCUCACAAGAUUGAGUCCUUAGAUAUUGAAGCCGAAGCACUUCAUUUGAAAAAGCAAUUACUGGAGUGGCAGCAAAAUCGCCAGACAGGCCGCAUUCCGAUGGAUGUGUUACCUGAAGAAUGGCAAAGAGGCUUGAGAUACUUCGGGAACAUUUCCCCCGGAAUCUGGGAAGAGUUAUUCAUAAAGGAAGAAUUACCCCAAUUGGCAGAGCUCCUGAAGCUCACGUUAGUCCCGAUGCUUGAUGCGUUCUUACGCUACAACGGAUUUCAGGUCAUCUACCAGUUUAUGAAAUUCAUAGAAGAGAUUGACAGAAGAGGGCUUCUGACUGAGUUCUUCAACGCUAUUUACGCUGUAUGCAGGUCUCUCCUUUCCUUACGUACACAUGACCCGAGAUCUCUGCUGCGUAAAGGCCUCCUUGGGAUGCACGUGAGGGAUGUUUGGAGAAUUCUCAAGACCGGGGAAAUUCUGGAUAGACUUUUCGAUUUGGUUGUCGUUGCUGGGAUGGAAGAAACAGUUGAUCAAACCAUCACCCACCUUCCUGUUGUUUUUGAAGCCAGAGCGGUGGCACCUCUGCCAUCAACAAUCCAGACACUCCGGCUUGCAGAGCGAUAUCCGGGGUCUCAGAUGUUCGUCACAGGGACAAGUCUCAACAUUCCGCCUUUUAGAAUCCUGAUCGCCCUCUUGCAAAUUGUCAUUUUCACGUUACCCGCGAUAGCUUACGCGUUACAAUGGUUCCUCGCCUUCGCGCAGCACUCAAGCAUGAUCGGCUUUUUAGUAAUGGCCAUCUGGAGGAUUAAAAGACCCGGCGAGUGGGUGCUGUUUGAUAAACUUCAAAUUCAUCCAAACGUGGGUCGCGGUAUCAGAGCUGUGCUCGCUCUUUUCAUCUUUAGAUUGAGACAUCCCUGGGUCUUAGAGGAGCCCUUGAUCGUAUCAGUUCCACACCAGUCAGGGAAACGAGUAGAUAUCGCCUCAGCAAUGCAUUACAUUCCCGCAGGUCGAUCGAAUGUUUUUCACUUCCUUUCGAUAUCAAAUAGCUCACAACUUGAGUCUAUCCCGUGUUACACGGCGAUGGGAGAACUCAUGGAUGGCUGGAAAGAUGGAAAAUUUCCAAGAAAAGGCUGGUGCAACGGCUGGUGGGAGUUAAACCAAUUCGACGAAUGGGUGAGAAUUAAUGCGGCCGGUAAACCAAGCCUAAGCAGUUACAGCGAGGCAUCGAAGCAUAUAAAGGAAAUUCUCGCAGGCAAACAGCGUGAUGAAGUGUAUGAAAACUUCCUACGUGAAAGAGACUAUUGGUUAGAUACCCCUGCCGAACAACUAAGCAAGAUGAAAAAGGUGUUUGGUGAGGCAAACGACGAUUGCUUUCAGAUUUGGGCGAAUUUAUACCUUCGAGAACCAAUUCCGCGUGUGUCAUAUUCAUACCUUCCUUUGCCUGCCUUGCACACUUUUCUUCAAUCUGUGGCAGACUACAGCUGGUAUGUAAGAGCUUAG